AAAGCAAAGAAGACUAGGCAAGGGGGAAAUACAGAAGAAGGAAUCCAUCGACUACUAGUCGUCGUCCUCUUGCGUUGGAGUUGGGACCAAAGCGAAGGGAAAGUGGAACAGCGCUCGCGGGUUGCGCUUGCGCCGGCGAAGAAGCGCGGCGGACGCCAGAUAAAGCCCUCCCUCCAUUGACAUCAACAUGGGUGACAAUCUGAUGGAUAAGGUCAAUGCCUUGGGUGAGCGGCUCAAGGUAAGUGGGGCAGAAGUUAGCCGGAAGAUGUCAGCUGGUGUCAGUAACAUGAGUUUCAAGAUGAAAGAAUUCUUCCAAGGCCAGAACAUGGCGGACAAGAUAGUCGAUGAGGCCACGCUGGAGACCAUGGAUGCUCCUGAUUGGGCCACCAAUCUUGAGAUAUGUGAUAUGGUUAACACUGGAAAUGUCAACAGCAUUGAGCUGAUCCGUGCCAUCAAGAGACGCAUCAUGUUGAAGAAUCCACGAGUGCAAUAUCUUGCUCUUGUCCUCCUUGAGACCGUUGUGAAAAACUGCGAGAAGGCUUUCUCUGAGAUUGCUGCUGAGCGGGUCCUUGAUGAGAUGGUAAAACUGAUCGAUGAUCCACAGACUGUAGUCAACAACAGAAACAAGGCACUUAUGCUUAUUGAAGCAUGGGGAGAGUCAGGAGAUGAGCUCCGCUACCUUCCGGUGUAUGAAGAGACUUACAAGAGCUUAAGAUCAAGGGGAAUUCGCUUUCCUGGGCGUGAUGAUGAGAGUCUGGCACCAAUAUUUACUCCUCCCCGUUCAGCACCUUCAGCUGAACCAUAUUCUGCUGCAGCACAGGAAGGGUAUCAAGAAAUUCCAGAUGAAAGUUUUGCGCCAGUCCACGUUGUUCCUGCUGUGCAAGUCAAUGAAGCUUUUGAGGUGGCUCGUAAUAGCGUUGAACUUCUUUCCACGGUGCUUUCUUCUUCUCCACAAAAAGAGGCUCUCAAGGAUGACCUGACUACCACCCUGGUUCAGCAAUGCCAACAGUGUCAGCGCACCAUCCAGAGAAUCAUUGAGACGGCUGGUGACAACGAGGCUCAGCUCUUUGAGGCAUUGAGUGUCCACGAUGAACUUGAGAAGGUUCUCUCCAAGUAUAAAGAACUCAAGGAACCUGUUGUUGCAGAGCCUGAGGCAGAGCCAGCCAUGAUUCCAGUCACCGUGGAGCCAGAGAACUCCCCCCGCACUAAAGAUGGCACUGUAGGGAAGCGAGCAGGUUCUGGUGCUGAUGAGUUGCUUCAGGAUCUUGACGACAUGAUAUUUGGCAAGAAGGGCGGCACCUCAUCUCAGCAGGACAGGAAGGAACAAAAGGACGAUUUCAUCAGUUUCUGACCACCAGAUCCAGAUACAGCAGGGCCGCAGGGAGACACUUGAUAUGGAUUUGUGUGAUAUGCCCAUCUUGCUUGAAUGUAUCCCAGGGAUUUUGUUUGGUUUAAUGUCUUGGGCAUGACUAGUUUCUUGCUGUACAGGAAUAGAUAGAUGUAGCAGUCCCCCUUACUGUGUCAAGCCAGUCAGAUUUUGGCUCAUGACUACUAUCAGUGUCAGAGGUUUCAUUACUUGCUGUACGCUCGGUGAAGGGUUUGAUGCUGAGUUUUUUUAUGGUACAUUCUACUGCUAGUAUAUACUACCAGUAUAUUUGAUUUGACGGUGUAAAUUUAUCUGAUUUCCCUCCUAAUUAUACUGCAGUAUAAAUUGAAUAGGGUA